AUGAAGUCCGAGAGCUUCCAGGGGCUGAAUCAUGUCCUAACAACGUUCAGAAUCAACCUUCAACAGUUGGAGAAGUUAGGAGAGAAUACUAAUGAUUGGAGCACUCUGCUAGCCUUCAUGCUUUCCCAGAAGCUGGAUGACGAUACGAUUCGUCACUGGGAGACGCAUCAUAGUUCAAAGGACAUUCCGUCGUACAAGUCCACGGUGGAGUUCCUGGAGAAACACUGUGCUUUCCUGCAGUCUACGUCUGCACGAAGAAGCAGUGAUUUCAAACGACCGUUCAAGAACCCAGUGAUUCACGCUGCAGUGUCAUCCAAUGGAAAUUGUCAAGUCUGCAACGGCGGAACACAUUCCAUUAAACAGUGUAGGCGCUUUGGGAAGAUGAAGGUCAUCGAUAGGAAGGCGAUUGUUAGGAAACUUGAAUUGUGCUUGAACUGUUUACGAUUAGGGCACUUCGUAAUGGAUUGUUCGAGGUCUACGUAUAGCAAGUGCGGACAGAAUCAUCAUUAUCUGCUUCAUCCGUACGUGAGUCCAGUGAAUCAGGAGCAUACUUCUAGUCAGCCCUCCUCCCAAGUUUUACCGUAG